CAUGCGUGGUCAUCCACAAUCACAAUCACACAUGACAUUGACAUUGACAUUGACAUUGACAUUAUUCUACGAAUACUAAUAUCAACCGAUGCUCACCGGGAAACUGGCAACCCACUAUGUCAGGCUCCAUCCCUCAAUUCCUCCGCCAUCGAUACACCAUGAUUCCCCAAGAGGAAGACGACACCAUCGCCGCCGGGCCAAAACAACAACAAACCCAACAGCAACACCACCACCUCUCCCAAGACAGCGACACCCCCCAUCAUGACAACCACUCCAACCACUCCAACCCCCACAACCCACUCCCACCCCCGAAUACUAAAACCCACCACCGACCACUAACGCACUACCCCCCCACCCUAGCCCUCAACCUCCUCGCCUACACCCUCCCCGCCCUAGUCUCAACCCUCUCCAAACUCUGGAUCGCCCAGAUCGACCCCUCCCUCGUCGCCACCACAGACGUCUACACCUACAUCGGCGUCGUCGCCGAGGUCCUCAACGAGGGCCUCCCCCGCGCGGCAUGGUCGACUAUCGGCGACCGCUCGUCGCGGACGGUGGCGCAGCGGUUGGGGUUGGCGCAUACUCUGGUGUUGGUGCAGGCUGUGCUGGGGGCGGUGAUGAGUUUGGGGUUUUUGGGCGGGGCGAGGGCUUUUGCGGGGGGGUUUGUCCCCUCAGUGCCUGGGGAGGGUGAUGGUAGGAGGGGGGGAGUGAGGGAUGUGAGUGUGGUGUAUGUGCGGGUUGCUGCGUUUUCGGCGCUGGGGUCGGCGGUGGAGACGGCGGUGGCCGCGGCGACCAGGGCGUUGGAUCAGCCGGAUGUGCCGUUGGUUAUUGGGAGUGUGAAGGCUGUCGUGAAUAUUGUGUUGGAUUUGUUGCUGAUCUCGCAUUGGCAUGUUGGGAGCCACACGCCGACGGUACUGUGGCAGGCGGGGAUCCAGUUGGGGUGUAGCUUGACGGCGGCGGCGGUGGGGUUGGCGUAUUUUUUGGUGAUGGUUAGUUGGAAGGAGUAUCGUCGACAGAAGGUGGUGGUGGAUGAGGCCGCGAGCGGGGAAGAUGUACAAGCGAGGGAGCAGGGCAUGAGAACGGGAUUGGGACCGAGCCUGAAAGCCCUGAUGGUGCUCAUCCGUCCCGGGCUACUCACCCUGGCCGAAUCCGCCAUCCGCAACGCCCUCUAUCUCUGGCUGGUCAGCAACAUCGUGUCCAUGGGCCAGACCUACGCCACCGCCUGGAGCGUCUUUAACACCAUCCGCUGGGGCCUCGUCAUGGUCCCCGUGCAGGCUCUCGAGGCUACCGCCCUGGCGUUCGUCGGCCAUCAAUGGGGAGCCUGGCGCCGCGCGAUCGGAACUGGGACGCUCCGUCCGGGACGCACCUCCUUGCGCACAGUCCUGGGAAUCGUCAAGCCGGCUUUGAUUUCGCUGGCGUUGGCUUUAUCCGUGGAGGUACCACUGGCCAUCUUCCUCUCUCUCUGGGGCGCUCGGUCGUUUGCGAGGUAUCUCGGUGGAUCGGACGAGGUCGCCGAGGUCACGGCCUACAUGUGGCGGACCAUCGACUGGUGCUACAUCUUCUACGCUGCCUCGACUCAACUGUCCACCAUACUGCUUGCGACACGGCCCAAGUGGUAUCUCUACCAGAGCCUAGUGAGUAACAUCUUGUAUGUUCUACCGUGGGCCAUUGUGUGUCAGGUCAAGGCGCUGGAUGCGGGAAAUGCGUGGACCUAUCAUAGCCUUGUGUUUGGAGGAAGCCUGGUGUUUAGCUUUGUAGAUGUUCUUGCCGUCGAUGCUGUGUGGGCGUGGACGCUUGUGAAGGGAAAGGCAAAGCUCGAGGUCUUUCGAGAGUAGUAAUCGCGUGGGUAAUAUGUUAGGGGUAAGCGCAAUCAAGACCAGAUUUCGGUCAACUUGUUAAUUAAUAUAUCUACGAGAAUGCAAUAAUACGAACUUUGUUCUUAGCCAGUUCUAC